CGAUCAACAUAAGGAAGAAAAAGAAAAUUGGGAAUUUGAUAAAGCACGAAAGAAUAACUGAUAAACAAGAGUGGAUGAAAGAUAAGAAAUUGUUUAUUCAAUACAUCUUGUAAACAGAGUUGAAAAAGUUAUUAAAAAGUGGCCAAAACGAAAUGAAUGGCAUGGAAGUAACUAAAGAAUUAAAAUGUGACAUUGAAUUAAAUCAGACUCAACUGAAAACCGCAAUUUGUAACCAUCAGAACUGCUUAGGUAAAUUGCAAUUAGAUCCAUAUAAUGUUGACUUACAAAAGGAAGUAAACAAGGCUGAGGAAGAAAUUAUUAGCAUAGGACUUGAACAAAAAAAUCUGUUGGAAAGGCUUCGAGAUGAGUAUAAGGCAUAUCAAAAGUCUCUGAAGACAAAUUUAGUCAAAAAUGGCUUGGAGGAGCGUAGAUUCAACCUGACAAAUGCUUUGAACAGAGCUAGGAAGCAAAAUAUAGUAGUACGUUCCACCUCGGCCACAUCUUUCUCGGACGAUUCCGCGGAAAACCUAUCGGCCCACUCAUCGCCCGAGCAUCCGUCCAACAAUCCAGUCGAUCCUCAAGACGUCACCCAAUUGGAAUUCCUCAACUACUUCUGCUUGGCGACGCACGACGCUUACAAAGAAAUGCAGAACAAACGGGCCGAACGGAAGCGCCGAAGUACCGCCAACCCGCACUUCUUGUAUGGCAAUAAAGGUUGGGAUUUUUUGACCAACAAUAAGCGUAAACGGAACGCUUUUCUAAUAUCGCCCAUAUCGCCGCCACACACGCGACAAUCUGUCAAGAAAAAACAAGAAAGAAUCUCGCCGUUGUCGUUGCCGACCCCAUCGUCAACAACAGUACCUCCGAAGAGUCCCAAAACCGACCAGAAUGGCAGCAAUAUCAAUAACAAUAACAGCAAGUUAUCGUUCGGCUCGUUCCCGGUGAUUCCCAACCUUCCCAGCGGACUAAUUAUCGAAAGGGUCAAUACGUCGGACAGCUCGAGUUCGGAAAAUAAGGCUUGCGUGACGUGUAAACAGCCAGGAGCUCUUAGCACCUGUGAAGUAUGUUCCAAUGGCUUCCAUAUCAGUUGUCACAAUCGUCCUUUGAUCCAUACACCUCGUCAAUGUCCAAAAUGCAUCGGCAAAGAGAUCAGAACCGUUGGGUCCUUGAACGUGCCUUCUGGAAUGACAGUAUCUUACAUAACUGCCACGGAAUUUACAGAAAAACUAAACGAAAAGAAGGCGUUGGAGGAAAAGAAACUGAAUCUGACGGCCGAGCUGACACAGCUGCAAGACAAACACUCGCAAUUGACGAUAUCGUUGAAGGACCAGAAGAACGAACAGGAUCAGCUGAUGAUGAGGCAGCACACCACACACGACAAAAUCAAGGACAUUUUGACGUUCAUCGAAAGAAUUAAGAAUCCGAUUCGCGUUGAUUUGGACGGCGCUGGUGCGGUUCAAGUUUUUCCGAAAUGAUCAUAAUAAACGUUAUUU